GGCGGGCGGCGGCCAUGGCGGAGGCGGCGCUGAGCAGCUCCGGAGGGGCCGCGGCCGAGGGAACCCCCCGGAAACGGAGCCGGGAUCCCGAUGGCUCCGGCUCCGAAUUCCAGACCCCGGUGACCAAGCGGCUCCGAGCCUUUCCCGGGAUUCUGUCGCCAUCCCGGCAGCAGCCGCCGCUCUCUUCCCGGCCCCAGUGGGAUCGCAGCGGGAAUCGCUCCGGCCCGGGAGCCGAGGAGGGCGAGGCCGUUCCCGGGAAAGCGGCGCAUCCCAGGAGAUUGGACAUCCCGGCCCUUCCCGGGAAUUCCCAGCCGCAAUCCCAGAAUUCCCAGCCGCAUUCCCACGUCCCUGUGGCAGCUUUUUAUGGGAAAAGGACCUACCUGGAUCCUCUGGAGAGGAAACGGCUCCGGGAGCUGCUGGGAGCGGGCGGCGGCAGCGGGGCCGGGAAUAUCCCGGGAAAACCCGGCGGGAAUCCCAGCGGGAAUGGCAGGAAUCCCAGCAGGAAUCCCAGUGGGAACAGCAGGAAUCUCGGCAGGAAUAGCAGAAAUCCCAGCAGCAAUCCCAGCAGGAAUAGCAGGAAUCCCGGCAGGAAUCCCGGCCGGAAUCCCGGCGGGCAGCGCGGCUCCAAAGGCGCAGCCGACGCCGGGCGCGUUCCCAAGGCGAAGGCCGGCGUUCCGGAGGGGACGGGCGGCGGGAAGGGCCGGAAUUCCGAGCGGCCACAGGCGGCGCCGCGGGUGCUGCUGGGCCGGGGGGCGCGGCCGGCGCUGAGGCUCCCGCUGGGAUCGGCCUUCUUCAGCUCCGGGAGCCGAUCCCGAUCCCGGAAAAAGCCCGGAGAGGCCCGAGCCGCGCCGGGAAAGGCUCAGCCGGGAGAAUCCGCCCCCCGGGAAAAGGCGCAGGAGAGGCGGGAACCGGGAAGGAUUGCGGAGGCUCGGGAAGAGGAGAAGGAAAACUGGGAGAGCAACGUGGGAGAGGCUGCACGGGGCGGGAAUGGCGCCGGGAAUGGCAACGGGAAUGGUGCUGGGAAUGGCACCGGGAAUAGCGGGAAUGGCACCGGGAACGGCACUGGGAAUAGUGGGAACGGCACCGGGAACAGCAGGAACGGCGCUGGGAAUUGUGGAAAUGGUGCUGGGAAGAGUGGGAACGGCACCGGGAACAGCACCGGGAAUUGCGGGAACGGCACCGGGAGUGGGAACGGCACCGGGAACAGCACCAAGAACGGCACCGGGAAUUGCGGGAACGGCACCGGGAGUGGGAACGGCACCGGGAACAGCACCAAGAACGGCACCGGGAAUUGCGGGAACGGCACCGGGAAUUGCGAGGCCGGAGCGGCCGGAGGCAGGAAUGGGGAAUCCCCUGGAGUUCCCGCCUCUCCCAGCGCGGAUUCCCGGGAUUCCCUCGGCGUUCCCAGCGGGAAGAAGGCCCCGGGUUCUCCGGGCCCGGCCGAGCUCUAUCCCAUCUUCCUUCCCGGCAGGAGGAGGCCUCUGGAGGAGCUCCCGGCUCCGUUUGGGAUCGGCCCCUCCUGUGGAAAAGGCGCUGCCAGGAAAUCCCGGGAAGUGCCGGAGCUGCCCCGGGAUCAGCUGAUCAUUGACGCGGGCCAGCGGCGCCUGGGGGCGGAGCAGUGCGGAUCCUGCGGGAUGCUCUACGCUCCCGGAAUUCCCGAGGAUCGGCUCCAGCACCUCCGGCACCACCGGAGGCUCCACGAGGCGCUGCGCUAUCCGGGCUGGAAGCAGGAGCGCGUGGUGGCGGAAUUCUGGGAUGGGAAAAUCGUGCUCAUCCUUCCCGGCGAUCCCAAAUACGCCGUGAGGAAGGCCGAGCAGCUCCGGGAGUUGGUGGAUUCCGAGCUGGGCUUCCAGGCGGGAGCGGCUGCGGAGCGGGGCCGGAGCCUCUGGAGCUUCCUCUUCGUGUCCCCGGGGGGCGGCGUCGAGGGGGUGCUGCUGGCCCAGCCCCUCACCCAGGCGUUCCGGGUGCUGCCGGAGCCGUUCCCAUCCCCGGCCGAUUCCCAGGCUCAUUCCCAGGCUCAUUCCCAGGCUCAUUCCCAGGAUCAUUCCCAGGCUCAUUCCCAGGCUGACUCCCAGCACUCCCAGCACUCCCAGUGCCGCUCCCAGUCCCGUGCCGGGGCGCUGCCGGGGCCGUGCCGGGCCUGGCGCUGCUCGGAGCAGCCGGAGGCGGCCGCGUGCGGCAUCAGCCGCAUCUGGGUGCGGGCGGCGCGGCGGCGGCGCGGCAUCGGCCGCAGGAUGGCGGACGCGCUGCGGCGCUCCUUCGUCUUCGGGACGGUGCUGAAUUCCCGGGAUUUGGCCUUCUCCGACCCCACUCCGGACGGGAGAGCCUUCGCCGCGCGCUACUGCGGCCGGCCCGACUUCCUGGUCUACAACUUCCUGCACGGAGCCGGAACGGCAGCGGGAACCGCAGCGGGAGCGGCAGCGGGAGCGGGAUUGGGAUCGGCUGGAGCGGGAGCAGCAGCAGGAUCGGGAGCAGCUGGAUCAGGAUCAGCUGGAUCGGGAUCAGCAGGAGGGUUGGGAUCAGCAGGAGGGUCGGGAUCAGCAGGAUCAGGAUCAGCUGGAUCGGGAUCAGCUGGAUCGGGAUCAGCAGCAGGAUCAGGAUCAGCAGGAUUGGGAGCAGCAGCAGGAGCGGGAUCAGCAGGAUUGGGAGCAGCAGGAGGCCGUUCCCUGGGAAUCCCCACCCCCCCGCCCCCGCUCCCUUUCCCGCUGGGAAUCCCGGAAUUCCGCCCUCGCUUUUCCCGGGAAUCCUUCGGGGCCGGGGCUCUCUGCCCUGGCCUCGCCUCGGGAUGGAGCCGGGAAUCCUUCCCGGAGCUUCCCCGCGGGAUCUGCGCCCGGAGCCUCCCGGGGCCCUCCCAGCCGGGAGAUUCCCGACAUUCCCGAGGACGUUCCGUGGAUUUCUGA